UUCACCAUGAAGACUUCAGCGGUUCUGCAGCUGGUAAAACGGAGCAUCAGGACGCGCACGCAGUCCCCCAGUCUCCUCUACGUGUUUAAUAUGUUUUUGUGUUUCUGGAUGUUUCAGAUCUACCUGGGCUCGCUGCUCAUCUUUAACCCCCAACCUGCUGCUGCUGCUGGGAGGCGCAGGUGCAUCGACGCGGACCAGGUGAAGCGCACCGAGUACCGGCUCCAGAAGAUGUACCAGCGCAAACUGCCGGAAUCUAAUCACCUGCAGGACGCGCGGACGUGCGCGCAGGCGGCCGCGGAGAUGCGCACGGACCUGAGUGACCGCUCCCUGUCCCCGUGGAGGUACAGGCUGAAAGGAGAACUCGACAGGGUUCCUCACGAGAUCACAUACGCCGAGUGUCUCUGUGACGGCUGCAUCAUCAACCAACGUGAAGACAUGAGCUACAACUCUGUGCCUGUGUUUUUUUCGAGGUUUGUCCACAGAAGGACUCUCUGUCCAUGGGACCCCAACAAAUACAUGUUGAAAAGGGAGGUUAUAAACAUCCCUGUGGCGUGCACGUGUGUUGAGCCCAGCACCGCAAAAUGAUCAUAUCGUACUCACAUCAAUGCUGCAUCUUUACUAACCAAAAACUACCUACCUAACCUAAUCUACCUACCUACCUAACCUACCUACCUAACCAAA